AAAUAACUUAUUUAAUAUUUAAUAUUUUAAUAUUAACAAUAAAAGGGAGGGAAAAAACCUAAGCUAGGGUUUUGGUGCGUGCUUUUUGUUCGUCCUUCUCCGCUGGGGAUUGGAAUUGGGAUUGAGAUUGGGCUGGAUCGAUUGAACGAACGAAGGAUCGAUUCGAUCAUUCGAUGGGGGGAGCGCUGCAGUACUUGGAGGCGCAGCGGAAUGCGCGGCCGGAGCUGGCGGAGUGGUACGACGCCAUGGCCGACCUCUACCAGAAGAAGCUCUGGCAUCAGCUCACCCUGAAGCUCGACCAGUUCUUCGCCCUCGCCGUCGUCCAGACGGGCGAUACUCUUAUUCAGCUGUACCACAACUUCAUUACUGACUUUGAGACAAAGAUCAAUCUCCUGAAACUUGCACAUUUUGCUGUGGUAGUUUCUCGUCAGUAUACUGAAAGGGAAACUGCCAUUAGCUAUCUUGAAGGGAUGAUUGAAAAGCUGCGUGCCACAAGGGAGUUGCGGAUUGAGGAGCCUAUUCUUUAUGUGAAGAUGCAAAUAGCUGCAUUUAACCUUGAGAAAGGGGACCAGAAGGAAUGUAAGAAAUAUCUAGAGGAUGGAAAGACUACGUUGAAUAGCAUGACUGACAUUGAUCCUUCUGUUCAUGCUACCUUUUACUGGGUUUCUUCUCAAUAUCACAAAAGCCGCCAAGAAUUUGCUGAGUUCUAUAAGAAUGCUCUUCUUUAUUUGGCAUACAUGUCAGUGGAAUCUCUUUCAGAAUCAUUUAAACUGGAUUUGGCAUUUGACCUGUCUCUUUCUGCCUUGUUGGGGGAUAAUAUAUAUAAUUUUGGUGAAUUGCUAGCCCAUCCAAUUAUAAAUUGUCUUCUUGGAACCAAAGCGGAGUGGCUUUACCAUAUACUUCAUGCAUUCAACACUGGCAAUUUAGCUCUUUAUCGUGAACUUUGUCAUGUUCACAGUACUUCUCUGAAUGCACAGCCUGCAUUGGUAGCAAACCAGAAAAAGCUAAUGGAAAAAAUAAACAUACUCUGUUUGAUGGAAACCAUCUUUAGCCGACCUUCGGAAGAUCGCACCAUACCGUUAAGUAUUAUAGCUGAACGAACUAGACUUUCCAUAGAGGAUGUGGAAUAUCUUCUUAUGAAAAGCCUCUCUGUUCAUCUUAUUGAAGGCAUUAUUGAUCAGGUUGAGGGGACGGUCCAUGUCUCAUGGGUACAACCUAGGGUUUUGGGGAUAUCACAGAUUAAAUCCCUGCGAGACCAUCUAGAUAAUUGGCUGGGCAAGGUGCAUACUGCUUUGUUGUCAGUUGAAGCAGAGACGCCCGACCUGGUGGCUUCAUGAUGUGCGUUUCAUAGCCCUCUAAACAAUCUGUUAUGCAGAAGGAGACCAAAACAAACGAAUGUUGCUGCGGCUCCUUGCUCUGGAGCCCUGUCUCUUUUUUGCCUUCCUACCUUAAAAUUUUUGAGAGGGACCGCAGUUUUAUGCUCACUGAGGUGUCCGUAUUUGGUCUGUAUUUUUCAAUUCCUAGGAAGUGCUAAAACAUAAGAUACAUGCUUGCAAAACAGUGAGCAGGGCACAGAAAACGGCAGCCUGGUGAAUGUUUCUUUUGUUUUCGAGUUCAGGUCAUUGCACAUUGGUAUGAAAGAAGAGUGCAUGCUUUGAGGACGAUGCGAGAAAAAUGCUGCUCAUUUUUUCUGACAGGCAUCACCAUCAUUAUUACUAGCAACAUUAUCAUAUUUAUCAAUGUGCUGUAAUUUUUUGAAUUUAUUUUUGGAACAAUAAUAUACAUUUUUAUAUACUUUUAAAGUCGCAUGGAGACUAAGAAUUAGA